UGGACAAGAAGAGAAAAUGGGACAUCUGUAAUGCAUUUCUGAAUGAUCCAGGGUCAAGUGAUCUCCUUCGGGAUGUUUUGACACAUGCCUGUCUUUUUGCCUCUACAAAUUAUUUAACAUAUACAGCAUCUGUAUUAGCUGUGCCCUGCCUGGUAUCAAGUCAAGAUGACUGGAGGUUAUGAAGUGGAGCAGUUUGUGGAGACCCCAGAUGAAGAUCUGAUUUGUGUCAUCUGUAGAGCAGUUCUACGCUGUCCUGUACGACUUAAAUGCAACCAUGUCUUCUGCAAGGAAUGCAUUUUACAGUGGAUGAAAAGACAGGUGAAAUGCCCAUGUUGUAGGCAGUCUAUCGAUCAGAACCAAAUGCUGGUUUUGUUUAAGCUGAGUAAAUCCAUUGGCCGUUUAUCAAUCAAGUGUCGAAAUGCACAGCAGGGCUGCAGGGCCACUUUCCCGCUUUCUAACGAGUACCUCCACAUCUCCAGCUGUCCGUAUGAGUGGCAGCUCUGUCCCCAUGAGGGCUGUGGGCAGCAGGUGCUGAGGAAAGACGCGCAGGCGCAUGAUCAGAGCUGCUGCCACUGGCGACAGCCGUGUCCCAUGGGCUGCGGGACGGUGCUCGUCCGUGAGAAUCAGGCCCAACAUAACUGCUACAGAGAUCUGCAGCAGCGCUAUGUAGCUGAGCGGCGGAAGCAAAGGGCCAUCGCAGCCAACCUGCGCAGGAAGAUGCAGCGUAUGCAGAGCCGGAUGGCACAAAUAAGGAGGCAGAUAAAUCUGAUGUGUGAGAGCCUGGAGGUUGGAGAUCUGGAAGUUGAAGCAGGGGAGGGAACCAGUGUUUGGACUGAUGCUAGUGAUUCCAGUCCGAGCGGCAGCAGACACCGUCACACCGACAGCAGAAGUUCACGAGUCAGAUUUAUAUAGAGAUUCAAAGAGAGCAUUCAAGUUAGUUUUUUAUGUGAGCGCGUUUUAUUAAAUGUGUCUUUCCACUUUUAUAGUCAUCUUAGGGAAUCGUUCACUCAAAAAUGAAAGUUACUGGCAUCUUUGUUUACUCACCUUCACGCUGUUCCAAACCUACAGCAUAUAAUUACUUUCGUUUGGGACACAUAAAAGAAACUAUUUUGAAGAAUGUUUGAUCUGUCCAUACAAUAAAAGUCAAAUGGGGUCCAAAACAACGACAACAAAAACAGACAUCCGGGUGUUCCACAAUCACAACAUGAGUGACAAAUGAUGAUAGAAAGUUUAUUUUUUGGGUUAACUAUCCCUAUAAGGGCAGCACAACACACAUUUUUACAGAUUUACUGAGAAAAAAGCAUGAUGGUAAACAAAAUAGUGAAGAUAUUCUUUGCACAUUCCUUCGACAGCUUUGAGAAGUUAAUAAAGUGAGACAUUGAUGGGAAUGCAUAAAUAUGAAAAAGAUAAACUUUUUUGUAACAUUCAAAUGCCUGCUUAAGUUCAGAUAUUACAAUCUUGAAGUGACACUUGACAAGUAAAUGUGAAAU